AUGGACGACGAACAAUGGAAUGAAGUGAAGAACGGGGACCUGGAGAGCCUGGGCAACGUCCUGCUGUCGAGCUCGACGUCCAGGAGAAUUCGUGCUCUCCAGGAACUUCGGGAUAAGAAUGCCAGCCCGAUCACUGACAGCUCUACAGGCGCUGUUCUUGCGCAGCCCUUUCAGAUUCCUCUUCUAGAGCUCUUAUUUCGGACAUACCCUCUUUAUGUCGAUCGUCCAUCACGUCAAGCUGUCCAGCAAUGUCUGCGCGCCAUCCUGCGGGCUCCCAUCAAGGCAGAUGAACUGAAAUAUCUGAUUCAGAGGCUGCUGAAGGAAUCCUCCAAGCCAACGUUGGCUCCCUCGUCGGCGUUCGUUCUAGUGGAAUGGUGUUCUGUUAUCCUACAAUUCUUUCGCGAUGACCCGAACAUCCCUCUGUCAAUGAUCCUGGAUAUCUUAUCGGCUGAUGCCAGACUGUUGGAGGUUUGCCUGGGAGGAACACCGAGAGCAGCUGUGAGGCAGUCCGCUAUCAGGGUUACCAGACGUGCUCUUAGGGCGACCUUCUCAUCAGAACUGCGCGGCCCAGAUGCUAUACAGGAGAUCGUUACGCGACUCACAACUGCUUCAACUGGGGCGCAGAAAAAUGCACCUUUCCUUGGAGUUGUCUCUGGUGUCUCUGCCCGGCUUCCAGACAGAAAAAAUGUUAUGGAGGGACAAAAGAAGAAGGUUCUAACGUUCUAUGCCAAGGAAAUUCUGGGUGCUCGGGCUUUGGUUCCUGCUCACAUAGCCAGCGGCCUGUCUGACUUUUUUGCCUCUUUCGUUACAUAUGAAGACUUGACGUCGGACGUACUUCCGACUCUCGAGAAGGCUAUUCUGAGGUCACCAGAAGUAGUACUAGGUGGUCUAGUCCCGCCGCUCUGCUCUUCAAUUUCUGAAGAGAUCGACCUUUCCGAGGUUUUCUAUUCUCGUCUUCUAAAGCCUCUGCUGUCAAGCCUCAAGUCGACAAACCCGGCAAUCAGACAAGGUGCUUCUCUGUCCUUCGCGUCAUUUAUCUCAAAAUGCAAGACGGAGAGUUGGCUGGGCAAGGUCACGAGCGAGAUCAUCGGCCCACUGAAGACUCAGAAGAUUACAAAUGCCGAUCAGCGUGCGGUCCAUGCUGAAGUACUCUCGUCUAUUCCAUGCUUCAUUGACCUGUCCCAGGAGAUAGUUCGCGGCCUAGUUCCCGUGUUCUCUCGGGAAUCGAACGAGCCGACCUUGGAAAAAGAGAUCGGUGCAUUCUGCAAACACCUUGAGUUCCUCAUUCGCUCCAAGGUCACUAUCUCUGACGACGUUAUAAGUGCUCUCGUGAAAGGUUCUGCAGAUAAGCGAGUGCCCUUCAAAAAGCUUUGGCAGCUUAAUGUUGCGGAAUUGCUUUGGAAUCUCGAUGACGGAGUUCUUCUUGAUUCUCAGAACCAGUCGCUCAUUUCUCAAUUUGUGGGCAAGCUGAAGGACACCUUCAAUGAGACUGUCUCCAAUCCUUUACCUGCAGCUCAAAGCGGUUCUGUAACAGGAGCAUAUGCAUUUGUUGCGCUGUCCGGCAGGAGAUCCAGGAACAAGGAAGAUGCUGCAUCGUCGGACUGGGCAGACAUUGUGAAGCAGUCCAUGACACUGGCCCCGAAACCAUCCUUUGUACUCAACCCCAAGGUUUAUUCUAAACUAGUGACUCCGGGUGAUUUCUCAUGGGAGACAAGGGCCCUUGCUGCUCUUGCAACGGAGCGAGGUUUCAUACAAGCAGACCCUGCCGCGAAGAACUCCUGGGCUCAGGCUUUCCUCUACGCUAUAACCGGCACCGAAGUGUCCGCUAAGACUCGAGAGGAAGCGGUUAAUGUGUUGUCUGAUGUUUACCUGAAGAAUCCGGCUGUGAUUGGGAAUGCAGUGAUUGAUGCUUUGUGGAGUUGGAUUGCAUCUUGCGUCAACGGCGAAAAGGAAUCUGCGGCGGUAAUGGCAGGACCAAACAGCGUGAACUUCCUUCAUCUGGGGGUAAAAGCAAUCUGCCCUCGUCUUUCGGAUUGGCAGAAGACGGGAAAUGCAGGAUGUGAGGCUGCACUGAAAGACCAGCUCAUUCAGCUCAUUGUUCUUUGCCGCCCAGGACUUGUACCUGGUUUUUCUUGGAUCGACUUGUGCCUACGGGUCGGUAUAGAUCCUGGAAAUUUGGUCCGCGAACAUACCAAUGAGUUCAUGAAGCAAUUGACUAGCGUACUUGAAAACCCGGUCCGGUCAAAGCUGUCUCAAGCGAAGGCUGCUGUCGGAGGUGCCGCCGGAGACCUAGCAUUCGUGGCUCCAGACGAAAUGGUACCGCUUCUUGUGGAUCAGAUUCGAGAUGACUUGGAUGUUGCGCGUAUAUCCAAAUUCACACCAACUGAUGCUGCAAUCGCCCGCACCCCAGAGGGGACGACAUUCGUAGAUGUGCUCAACUCCAAGGCUAAGCAGCCUCUAUCCGACAAGAGUGUCAAGGACUAUGACACCCUUAAGUGGGAAGAGGAGUUACGAGCCCAGAUUGCUGAGAAGAAGGGCCAGAAGCAGAAAAAGCUUACUGCAGAAGAGCAGUCUAAGGUUAAUGCACAGCUCGCUAAGGAGGCGAAAAUACGAGAAGAGGUGCGCUCUGAAGUUGAAAGAAUCGAGAGAGGAGCAACGAUCGUCCGAGGCCUUGCGACAAAUACACCUACGGAUGCGGAUGGGUGGAUCAACCAAGCUGUCAGUUGCCUUCUGUCUCUCGCACGUGCAGGUGCAGGUUUGUUCGUCGGAGACGUUGUCUCGCGAGCGUAUCUCUCUUGUUCAGAAAAAGUAUCACCGCGCCUAGGCAACAUCAGACCUUUUGUCGGUGUUGCCACCCUCCGAGCUCAAGGUAGCACUUACCUCCCCUCUGAUAUGGAGGUGGAACCCCUUGGGGAACUGGUCACAAGAAUCCUUUACCGGCUGCGCUUUGCCUCAGAGCAACGACCCUUUGACACUUCAUCACUGGCCUAUGUGCUGCCGCUAGUCCUCACCGUUCUUAGCAAUAACGGAAUCGAAGAGAAGAAAGGAGAGGAGGAAGGAGAACAGGUGCUAUUGGCCCUGGAGUUUGUUUCAUUCCACUGCAGCUCAUUCUCAGAUACCCGCCUCCCUCGGGCAGAGGUCUUGCGACACCUUAUAUCCUCCAUGCAGAAGUAUUCUCAGCAUUAUAAGCUGAUCAAAGAUGCUUUGUUUGACUUCUGCCGGUCCAUAUCGCCAAGUAUCAGCAGGGAGGAACUGGAUACACUUCUCCAAGGCACAAUACUGCCAGGCGUAUCUGUCAGAACUGCUUUGCUUCAGGUCAUUGCGGAUGAAAUUGACCUUACCGAUCUCGACUUCUCCGAGCAUAUUUGGCUGAGCUACCAUGACCACGUGGAGCAGAACGCGGAACUCGCUGAAAGGAUAUGGGAAGAAAACGCGCUGGAGGUCGACGAGAAUUCAUAUAUUGCAAUUAUGAAGUAUCUCGGGUCCAAGGAUUCACAGCUACGAGGGACUGCGGCUCGUGCCCUGGCCCAUGCGAUUGACUUGAAUCAGUCUGUGUUCGAAAAUGUCCUGUUCGACCUACAGUCAAGAUACGAAGAUGAGAUCAAGCCUAAAGCGCCUGCGAAGGAUAAGUAUGGAAUGCCGCUGAAGGCGGAAGUUUCGGAUAACUGGGAGAUUAGGAGCGGCAUUGCUCUCGCUUUCAAGGCCAUGACAAAAGGAUUCCAAGGCGAUCAGAUAGUGUCAUUUUUCAAGUUCCUCAUCGAGAAAGGGCCCUUGGCUGAUAAAAACCCUGUGGUCAGAGCGCAGAUGGCGGACAGUGGGAGAACCGUUAUUGCACUUCGAGGUCAGGAGAAGGUUGAGGAGCUAAUGACUCUCUUUGAGACAACACUGGAGACUUCGGAUAAAGCAACCGAGAGCUCGGACUGGCUCAACGAGGCUGUGGUUGUCCUUUAUGGAUCCCUCGCUAGACAUUUGAAGGCGCAGGAUCCGCGACUGGAGAAGGUCAUCAGGAAGCUCUUGGCUACUCUUCCGACACCCUCUGAGAGCGUGCAGUCUGCGGUGGCGGACUGUCUACCUCCACUGGUGAGACUUGCUGGAGAUGCUGUUUCAAGUUACGUCGAAGAGUUGCUCGAGCAACUUCUUCGGUCAAAGCAGUAUGCCUCUCGCCGUGGUGCUGCGUACGGUCUGGCUGGAAUAGUUCGUGGAAGAGGAAUUGCGGCAUUGCGAGAGUAUCGGAUCAUGUCUCUCCUCAGAGCAGCCACUGAGGACAAGAAAGACCCAAACCAAAGGCAGGGCGCGUUGCUUGCAUAUGAGCUCUUUUCUACGGUCCUUGGAAGGACAUUUGAGCCAUACAUCAUUCAAAUUGUGCCUCAACUUCUGGCAAGCUUUGGAGAUCCCAACAUCGAUGUCCGCGAUGCCUGUCUUGAUGCCGCGAAAUCUUGCUUCUCGAACCUCAGUUCUUAUGGCGUGAAGCAAAUCCUGCCGACACUCCUCGAAGGUCUCGAUGAAACACAAUGGCGUAGUAAGAAAGGCGCUUGUGAUCUUCUCGGUGCCAUGGCAUACCUUGACCCGCAGCAACUUGCGGCGAGUCUUCCGGACAUUAUCCCUCCUCUGACGGAGGUUCUUAACGACAGCCAUAAAGAAGUUCGCAAUGCGGCAAACAGAAGUCUGCAGCGCUUUGGAGAAGUCAUCAGUAACCCGGAAGUGAAGAGUCUGGUCGGUGUGCUUUUGAAGGCACUCAGUGACCCGACGAAGUAUGCCGAUGAGGCUUUGGAUGCGUUGAUCAAAGUAUCCUUCGUGCAUUAUCUCGACGCUCCUUCGUUGGCGCUUGUUGUUCGUAUCCUCGAGAGAGGCCUUGGAGAUAGAUCCGGAACCAAGCGCAAAUCCGCUCAAAUCAUUGGUAGCCUGGCCCAUCUCACGGAGCGUCGUGACCUCAUAUCGCAUCUCCCUAUCCUGGUUGCUGGACUACGGCUUGCCGUUGUCGACCCCGUUCCUACUACCCGUGCCACUGCGUCCAAGGCUCUUGGUUCUCUCAUCGAGAAACUGGGAGAAGACGCGCUUCCAGACCUCAUUCCGAGUCUCAUGUCGACUCUCAAGUCGGACACUGGCGCUGGAGACAGGUUGGGAUCUGCACAGGCUCUUUCUGAAGUUCUUGCAGGACUGGGGACAACCAGACUGGAGGAGACAUUGCCCACUAUCUUGCAAAAUGUGUCCAGCUCGAAGCCGUCUGUCCGCGAAGGCUUCAUGUCUCUCUUUAUUUUCCUUCCUGCUUGCUUCGGUAACAGCUUUGCUCCUUAUCUCAACAGAAUCAUUCCGCCAAUUCUAUCAGGUCUGGCAGAUGACAUUGAGGCAAUUCGAGAAAUCGCUCUGCGUGCGGGUCGCCUGUUGGUCAAGAACUUUGCAUCCAAGGCUGUCGAUCUCUUGCUUCCUGAGCUCGAGCGCGGUCUGGCAGAUGAUAGCUACCGUAUUAGGUUGAGCUCAGUCGAGCUGGUCGGAGAUCUGUUAUUCAGUAUUAGCGGUGUCACCAACAGACAGGAUGCAGAAGAAGAGGAAGAAGGAGCAGCACAGGCAGGACAGUCACUACUGGAAGCCCUCGGAGAAGAGAAACGAAACAGAGUCUUAUCCUCUCUGUACAUCUGUCGUUGCGAUACCUCUGGCUUGGUCAGAAGUGCUGCGAUCAUUGUUUGGAAGGCGCUUGUCGCUUCUCCUCGCACGCUCAAGGAUUUGGUUCCUACUUUGACGCAGCUGAUCAUUCGCCGUCUUGGAUCAUCCAACAUGGAACAGAAGGUCAUUGCUGGCAAUGCACUUGGAGACCUUAUCAAGAAGGCUGGUGAAGGCGUCCUUGCAACCUUGCUGCCAUCUCUCGAAGAGGGCCUUCAGUCGUCGCUCGAUGUUGACGCCAGGCAAGGUAUAUGUCUUGCUUUGCGAGAACUCAUUACGUCUGCAUCAGAUGAGGCUCUUGAGGAUUACGACAAGAGCCUCAUAUCUAUUGUGCGGACUGCUCUCGUCGACAACAGUGAAGAUGUGCGUGAGGCUGCAGCUGAAGCAUUCGAUGCACUGCAGCAGAGUUUGGGCAAGAAGGUGGUUGAUCAGGUUCUGCCUCAUCUCCUCAUGCUUCUGCGUAACGAUGAGGAUGCCGAACAAGCUCUGUCGGCCCUUCUUACCCUUCUCACGGAGACUACCCGUGCAAAUAUCAUUCUCCCUAACCUCAUCCCGACACUGCUCACUCCACCAAUUUCCGCUUUUAACGCCAGGGCUCUUGCGUCGUUGGCAGAAGUAGCAGGGCCAGCCAUGACUCGCAGGCUCCCGACGAUCCUGAACUCUCUGAUGGACGGUAUCAUAGAAACCAAGGACGAUGAGCUCAAAGGCGAACUCACCAAAUCAUUCGACACAGUCUUAGUUUCCGUUGACGAGUUCGAUGGUCUCAGCGUUACGAUGAACGUCAUGAUUUCUCUCAUGAAACAUGAUGAUCAUCGUCGACGCGCCAAUGCUGCUAAUCGCCUAGCCACUUUCUUCCAGGAAGCUGGGAUCGACUUCUCUAGAUAUUACCAGGAUCUGAUCCGUGUUCUGCUUAUAUCAUUCGAUGACAGAGACAAGGACGUCGUUAAGGCUGCUUGGACUGGCUUGACACAGUUGACUUCACAUAUGCGCAAGGAAGAGAUGGAGCUUUUGGUUAUUCCUGCACGCCAAGUGCUCCGACAAGUUGGAGUUCCAGGAGCGGACCUGCCUGGCUUCAGUCUGCCAAAGGGUAUCAGCGCAAUUUUCCCGAUCUUCCUCCAGGGUCUUCUGAACGGCAGCGUGGAGCAACGCACGCAGGCUGCACUGGCUUUCGCCGACAUCAUCGAUCGUACAGCAGCAGAUGCCUUGAAGCCUUUCGUGACACAGAUAACUGGUCCGCUCAUCAGAGUCGUCUCCGAACGUUCUGUUGAGAUCAAGUGUGCCGUCUUCUACACCCUCAACAAAUUACUGGAAAAAAUUCCCCUUGCUGUCAAGCCUUUCCUGCCGCAACUGCAGAGAACGUUUGCUAGGGGUCUAGCGGAUCCGUCGAGUGAGACUCUGCGUAACAGAGCCGCCAAGGGACUUGGUAUUCUGAUUACUCUGACUCCCAGAGUCGACCCACUUGUUGCAGAACUUAUUACCGGCUCGAAAACUCCCGAUCCCGGUGUCAGAAAUGCGAUGAUGAAAGCGCUCCAAGAAGUGGUGGGCAAGGCUGGGUCUAGCAUGAGCGAGGCCUCAAGAAAUGCUGUUCUCGCCUUGAUUGACGAUGAGACCAGUGAUUCAACAGAUGCCAUGGCAAUAACCAACGCGCGCCUGCUUGGUGCGCUCGUCAAGAACCUCCCGACUACAGCUGCCUUGCCACUAAUCAAGUAUGAUUCCAUCCUUCUGGUAGAUGACAAUGCACGCAUACUAACGGGAGUUCUCAGGAACCGUGUCCUGUCCACUCAUUUCACCCAUGCGUCUGUCCUUGGAUUGAAUGCCGUAUUGGUCGAAUCGCCUUCGUUGCUGCCCGAGAACUUCCCCGCGGAGACGCCGUCUAUCAUAUGCCAAGGCAUAGCUCAUAAAGAUACAUUCAUAUCCGAUAAUAGCGUCCUGGCUGCUGGAAAGUAUCUCCUUACGGAACAUGCCAACAGAUCGUUUGAGACAAAUAAGGCGAUAUUUGAAGCGCUGGCCCCCGUGAUACAGCCGGGUGCCCCGUCAGAUACCCGCCGCCUAGCUCUCGUGGUGAUCCGUACAGUUAGUCGUCUACACCCGGAGCUUACCAGGCCUCAUUUGCCUCUGCUUGCGCCUCCGAUCUUUGCAAGUGUCCGCGAUGUCGUCAUUCCAGUCAAGCUCGCAGCAGAGGCUGCUUUCUUGGCCUUAUUCUCUGUCGUGGAUCAGGAAGGUGCCGUCUUUGAAAAAUACAUGGCCGGGCCAGGCUCCGAACUUCCUCCUGGACCGAAACGGAGCAUGUCCGAUUACUUCAAGCGCAUUGCCUUGCGUCUUGCUACCCAGGCAAGAGAGCGGAGGGAAGCAGAGGGAGGCCAGGGAGGUCUGGGCCUUUCAAACGACGAACUUGAGGAUGAGAAGGAAGUGUGGAGUAUUGGGAAGGUGGACCUUGGAGAGGACUCUUUUGGUGAUGAGUGAUUGAUUCCCCUUGACUCUCAGGUCGACGAGUUCCACAAAAGAAUGUAUUUAGAUAUUCCGGUAAAUAUUAUAUGUGAUAUGAUCCCAUG